AUGAUACGGGAGCACGCGCUGCGGCCAGUAGCAGUGGCGACCAUCGACUACCUCUUCAUCAACGGGUACACUGGAACGACUGCCAACUUAACUGUAGAGCAGUGGUUCCGUUUCAAUGAUUUCAACCGCAUUGAAUCGGCAGAUUUCAAUGUGGCGCGUUACGUGGAGUUCAUGCCAGCAAUGCAAGUUGACACCUUACUUGCGCAAAACCCGGAGGUUGGUGCCAUUCUUCUGAAUGGUGUCUGCGAGUCCUCAGCACGCUUCUGCUCCGCACCUGGCCUUGAGCGCUACACCGACAUCCCAUCUUGUAUGGGUUUCCUGGCAUCAAUCCCGCUAUUCAAUCCACUGCGAACACAAGCCAACUCCGUGGCCUGUCGCUUUGUGCACGCGAGCCUGCUUUAUAGCGCCAUGAGAAGUAGGCUGGAGGUGAUAAAGCACCCGACGGGGUGA